ACAAAAUGGCAGUUGCUUACACACUGCUGGUGUUAUUCUUAGCAGUUUUUGUUGCCGGAUUUAUACUGUUGGUCAUGGGGGCAAUUAAUUUUGAUUUCUCCCACUCAGAAAUUCCUCCCGGAGUGAAUCAGCCUGUAAAGCUGCGAAUCAUUCAUAUCAUUUUAAUAAGCACAGCUGUGGUGGGAAAAAUUUUGGAAAAUAUUGGCAUCUGCAGUGGGGUUAGCUUCGUCCGGUACAUGCAAGGUAGAAAGACUCUAGGAGUGGACCCGAAGCUCUUCAUCAAGGACCUGUGGUUUGAGAAAGUGCCUGUAAGGAUUUAUCAGCCUAAGGUUCCAUCUGCCACCCAAAGGAGAGGAGUUAUGUUUUUCCAUGGAGGAGGAUGGGUAUUUGGAAGUCCUGAGACCCAUGAAAAGCUAUGCCGCUUUAUUGCCAGCGAAAGUGAAUCUGUGGUUGUAUCUGUUGGGUAUCGUUUAGCUCCUGAACACAAAUACCCUGCUGCGUAUGAAGACUGCCUUCACGCUACCAUACACUUCAUGAACAACACAGAGCACUAUGGCGUGGAUCCUGCCAAUGUAAUUGUCUGUGGGGACAGUGCUGGGGGCAAUCUAGCAGCUGCUGUUAGCCAGACCCUUGCAGGUAGAUCAGACCUCCCCAAACUACGUGCUCAGAUCUUGAUCUACCCAGGCCUUCAGGCUCUGGACUUCAAUUUACCAUCCUAUCAGCAGAAUCGGGGAGUCCCUCUCUUAUUCCGAGAACAUGCCGCUUUCUAUUUGUUACAGUACCUAAAUGGGGAUGCAUCAUAUCUGGAAGAGGUCUUGGAGGGUUCCCAUAUUCCUAUAGAUAUUAAAUUAAAUUAUAGGAAGUGGGUGAGUCCAGAUAACAUCCCCGAAAAAUUUAAGGUCAGAGGCUACAAACCACAUGUGUUACUUGACUGUACAACCGAAGUUUAUGAGACAGUGAAAAGACUCUGUGAGCCCAACCUGUGCCCGCUGUUAGCUGAGGAUGCUAUUGUUCAGCAACUGCCUGAGUCUUUCAUCUUAACGUGCGAGUAUGAUGUGCUAAGGGAUGAUGGCUUGCUUUACAAGAAGAGAUUGGAGGACAACGGUGUUCGAGUGACUUGGUACCACCUCGAGGAUGGAUUCCAUGGAGUCAUAAAUUCAUUUAAUAGUGAUUGGUUGUCAUUUUCAUCUGGAAAAAGGGGCCUUGACAAUAUUGUGAACUUUCUAAAAAGCUUAUAGAAUCAAUUAUCUUUCCUUCUGUAUGUACUGCCAAUUUUCUGUAGUCUUUUAUGCUUCUAAAUUCCAUAGAAGAGGUUUAGAUAGGACAACUUGCUAAUGAGCAAUUAUGCCAGUGUGCCCACUGAAAAAGAUAUUUCAAGAAUGCUAUGAAAGUUUCUUUUAGCGCUGUUUGAAGUAUUCCAUGAGCAGUCUGCCUAUUUUAAUGAUCUAUUUGGACUAGACACUUGCUACUCACAAUAAAUAUUA